AAGAAGAACCCGGUUCAAAGGUCAAGUUGACUGAAUUGCUUCCUGUGCAGCUUAUUUAGGGUCACACAGAGGGGGAGAGAAACCAUAAAGACUUCAAAAUGCUGUUACGAAGAGUGUUGCACAUCGGAGGCUUGACGGUGAAACACAGCAGGCCCAUCCACCACAGUCCGGUCUGGAGGAGUCCCCUCGUACCCAUAGUGGUGGAGCAGACGGGUAGAGGAGAAAGAGCAUAUGACAUCUAUUCCCGCCUCCUGAGAGAGAGAAUCAUUUGUGUAAUGGGUCCUAUCGAUGACACUGUAGCCAGUCUGGUUAUCGCCCAGCUGCUCUUCCUACAGUCAGAAAGCAACAACAAACCCAUCCACAUGUACAUCAACAGUCCUGGUGGCGUGGUGACAGCGGGCCUGGCCAUUUACGACACCAUGCAGUACAUCCUCAAUCCCAUCUCCACCUGGUGUGUCGGCCAGGCAGCCAGUAUGGGCAGCUUGCUCCUGGCGGCGGGAACGUCGGGCAUGAGGCAUUCACUGCCCAACGCCCGCAUCAUGGUUCACCAGCCUUCAGGAGGCGCCAGGGGUCAGGCCACAGACAUCGCCAUCCAGGCCGAGGAGAUCAUGAAGCUGAAGAAACAGAUCAACCAAAUCUACGCAAAACACACAGGGCAGCUGCUGGAAACCAUCGAGGGCGUGAUGGAGAGGGACCGCUACAUGAGCCCAAUGCAGGCGCAGGACUUUGGUAUAAUCGACCGGGUCCUGGUCCACCCGCCCCAGGCGGGCCAGGAUGAACCCGAGCUGGUGCAGAAGGAGCCUGCAGCGCCAGCCAGUCCCCAGCCACAGCCACAGCCGGUGGCCCCGGAGCAGGGCCUCCCCGGGACAAACACCCCCUCCUCGUACAAACCCGAGCCUUGACGCCGCCGCAGAGCCAUCAGGAUCUCAUACUUGUAGAGUUUCUGAGGACAAGGCGUCACCUCCGCGGUGUGUUUCCCCGGUCUAAAGUGCCCCCUUUCUUCCCCCUAACCAACAUUUGCAGGCAUCGUGUAGAGUGAUCAGAAAGGGUCCUCUUACAAAGUGAAUCCAAUAUAAUGUACCUUUUUUUUUUUUUUUUUUUUUUUUAAUUACUUUCGAGAUAUCGAUUCCAGAUGAAAUAAAAAGUCAAAGUAGUGAUGGCUGAAAAGCAUUUGGCCAUCUUUUUGACUCCACACACAAGUUGAUUUUAGUUCUCUCGGAGUGAAAGCACAGCAAUAUAAGAUGCUCUACUGUGAUGCAACGCGGUGAUUCAGGGGAGGGGAAGCCUCUUUAGACAGCCAUGUUGUUCUCAACCUGCUUUCUGCAGAGAUGUCCGCUGAAGAGUGGAGAGGACAUGUGUGACUUGUAUUUGAACACUCAUAUUUGUAAUAAAUAAAUGUGAUAAUUUUGACCACAAUU